UUACAUUGGCAUAUUUCGUAUCCGGGAAGAUUUUUUCUUAUGCUUGAUAAAACCAAACAUACGGGACCCAUCAUUCAUUGUUUUCAAAAUGAAAGAUGUCUAUUUGAGGUUAAACGAAUGAUCAUAUUUCUUCGAAUUCGCCAUUUAUUGUAGAUUUUUGGCUGUGAUCGCAUUCUAUAGGAAAAACACGACGGUUUAACGUUAGUUCAGAAUUAACUUCGCAAGACCGUUGUAAACGCAACCUUGCCAGGCUGCUGCUUGUGGUCAGCAAACAUGCCUCUUGGUCUAAAACCAUGUUGUGCUGUAUGCAAGACGAACUCUUCUUCCAUGUGGAAAAAAGGAAACCAGGGGGAAAUUUUGUGUAACAACUGCACGGGUAAAAUUGUAACGAGUGGAGGAUCCGGAGCAUCUGCUUCAUCCACCAUCCAGCAGAAUAAUGGCGGAGGAAAACAGUCCAAACAGGAAAUCCACAGACGCUCCGCUCGGUUACGGAGCACCAAGUACAAAGCACCAGCAUCUGAGAAAAAAGUCUCGACCAAAGGAAAGGGCAGACGACAUAUUUUUAAAUUAAAAAAUCCUAUCAAAGCACCAGAGUCUGUGUCAACAAUCAUCACAUCGGAGUCCAUGUUUUACAAGGGUGUCUAUUAUCAAAUAGGAGAUGUCAUUAAAGUAAUAGACGAGGAUGACGGUAAACCGUAUUACGCACAGAUUCGUGGUUUUGUCCAGGACCAGUACUGUGAGAAAAGUGCUGCGUUAACUUGGCUGAUCCCAACUCAGGCCAGUCCUCGAGAUCGAUUUGAUCCAGGCACAUACAUCCUUGGCCCUGAAGAGGACUUGCCAAGAAAAAUGGAAUACCUGGAGUUUGUCUGUCAUGCUCCAUCAGAGUAUUUCAAAUCAAGAAGUUGCCCUUUCCCAACAAUACCAGUCCGUCCUGAUAAAGGCUACGUCUGGACUCAUAUUGGACCAACACCUGCUGUUGCCAUCAAAGAAACUGUUGGGUGAAGUUAACCCUUAAAAUCACUGUACAUUCAGACUGAACUGAACUUUUUGCCUUUUCAGUCCACUUUCAAAAACUCAACUGUUCUGCUUGAAUUAGGAUAUGUGAGGUAUUGGCCAUCGAAUAUUUUCUACAAUUACAUUUGUAACUGAAUACUCCCGAGCUCUUAUUUUCCAGAGGAGCCUCAGAACGCCUGUUAAACACAUAAGCCGCUGUAUUCGACAUUACGACACAGAGGUCACAUUUGAAUACAAAGUUAAUUUGUAUUUAAUUCAGAGUGUCCAUAUGCGACUCCCUUUUCAGGCAUCUAUAAAUUCAUUCAUGUUUUGUACUUGUUUAUUUCCCAAAUGUGUUUUCAACCAACGUUUACCAUCCUAAUGUUAACACAAGACCAUGAACAAAAGACACAGGAGGAGUAUGAUCAACAGAACAGGUGAGAACUAAUUAGGAACCAUGACAUCUAAUGAAUAACUUGGGGUGCAUCUCAAUCAGCCCUCGCUUCCUAGGUCAUGAACCAGUAUAUGGUGUACACUAAUUUGGACACUAGUAAGGACUCUGACUCCGAAAUCACAUACUCUCUCGGUACUUGUUUUGAAUAAGUAAUUACUUAUUCACUAAAAAAGUAUGUGUAGUAUGAAUGCAAUCUGGACGUACUACAUUCGCCAUGAUGUCAUUAUCAUGUGACCUACCAGCAUCACUGUCAUUCACAAAUCCUCUCCAGUGGCCUCAUGGGAUAUUAAAGUGUCCAUCAUAUAAACACUUCAGAAUCUCUCACAAUUCGGAAGUAGAAGGUCAUCAGGGUACUUUUCACCGACUCUUUUAUGAGUACUGUGAAUUUGAUACUUUUUUCGUCCAACUAUAUAGUAGGGAAGUAUGUGAUUUCGGAUGCUGCUAUUGGGACACUGCUAACUUUAUGUGCAUCGACCUUACAUUAUUACAUAUACAUGCUUCAUUUCAUGUUAUAUAAAUUAUCCCUGGGUUUCUCUGUGCAUUGUGGGAGUUUUUAGGGAGUGAAUGUUUCAGUUCACUGGAAGGGUGUUGUGGUUGAGGAAGCCCUUAAAAUGGCCGACGCCCUGAUCAGUGGCCUGACUACUCAACUUGGGAGCAGAUUGAAAUGCACUCUAGAACUCAGACAAGUCAGACUAUGAAAACUAUAAAAACCUAAAGACAGAAACUGAACAUGACUGUGACAAUUGUUCAGGUGCUGGGCCGGUGUCUUAAAGAUUUGCCUGAAACAGAUUCCAACUGACUAAUUAAAACAGAUUCAUUUAAAUUUUAAA